AUGCGCACCUGCCUUUGCAACACGCUAUUCCUGAAGUGUUUGCAGCGCGGCAUUCGCCAAGCCCUCGUUGUGAUUGUACAUUCUAACCAAAAACGUUUCUGUCACUUCAGUUACAUUGACUUCUUUUCUGAAACCCCUUCUACCUGCAAUCUCAUUUCUGUUGAGAAGGUCGCCGGCGAUGAUGAUCAUGUGAAUGCUUUGGACAAUGAGAAGGCAGAUGAAGCUGUUGAUGAGAAUAUGAGCAGCAAUGACAGCAUCUAUGAAGAUUAUGAGAUGAUUGAUGCCUCUGCAUUAUCCUUAUUCACAUCUCUACCUCCCUCAUUUUGA